CGCUGCUCAUUAUGGAUUCAAAUAACCGUGGUUUGAGACCUUUUCUCUGCGGAGGGUCUGCAUCUGUUGUAGCAGAAAUAGGUGGGCUUUAAGGUUUAAUACUUAACUGAUAAGCCACGUUCCCGAUGGAUGCAAUAAAGACUCGAUUACAAUUACAAGGGGAAGUCAUCUCUGGGAGUUCAGUAACUUUUCGCGGAGGACCGUAUCGAGGGUUUCUUCACUGCUUUUACACCGUGAUAAAAUAUGAGGGAGUUACCUCUAUAUACAGAGGGUUAAGUGCUGCACUACUUCGCCAAAUAUCUUAUGGAUCUCUGAAAAUGGGUUUGUAUAAUCACUUAAAAAGAAGUCUGUCUUCAUAUCCAAUGGGUGGGACUCCAGCAAUGGAUGUUUUCUGUGCUGCAUCUGCAGGUGUCAUUUCAAACGCGAUUGCUAGUCCAACCGAUCUGAUGAAGGUUCGUUUACAAGCUCAUGUGUUGUUGGAUUCUGGUAAACCGUCUCUACUAGGCAUCCUGCGCAAAACUAUAAAUGAAGAAGGAUUUUUAGGGUUGUAUAAAGGUGUUUAUCAAACAUGCAUUCGUGCAGCCGUUGUAUGUGGUGUCGAGAUACCUUCAUAUUAUUUUGUUAAAAGUCAUCUCAUUUCCUCAGGCUUAAUGCAGGAUACAAAAGGAUGUCAUUUUGUUUCCAGUUUCACAGCUGGAUUUUUCACAGCGAUUGCUGCAAACCCUGUUGAUGUUAUAAGAACAAGAUAUAUGAAUCAACGUUAUGAUGAAACAGCACUACAUGGCAGUAAACCUACACAGGGAACUUAUACUAGUGCUACUGGUUGUCUAAUUGAAACAGUAAAAAACGAAGGCAUAUUAGCUUUAUGGAAGGGUUUUAUUCCAAACUGGCUUCGUUUAGGCCCAUGGACUAUUGUAUUCUUCAUCACUUAUGAACAAUUCAGUCGAUUAUCCAUGUAAAUGAAUCAACUACUAGUGUGAUUUAUUUAUUUCAUUUUUUCUGUGAAAAUAAUUUUCAUUGAGAAAGA